AUGAACAAAGAGAUCGAUCCGAUGGAUCAGAUAGAUCAGAUGGAUCCGAGAUUAGAUGUAUCCGAUAUUUUUCAACUCGGUCAAGAGGUGAAAAACUACGAUGAAAUAAAAAAACGUUUGGCGCUUCAUAAAGAAAAAACUGGUAUCGAGCUUUCCACUGGCAGAUCUAGGAUCCAAAAAACUGGUUGCGAAAUGCAUGCUAAAUACAAAGCAACCAAGCAAAAAGACGCUUACGUCCUUCACAGUUGCCACCCCAUACACGAUCACAGUUCUCCUACGAUUGUAACUCAGAACGUCACCCCUGCACCCAUAACAAUUGCUAGUGCUUCAACAACAACACUAUCACAAGAGAUCAUUGUAGUUAGUGAGAAGGAGCUUUCAACUAGCGGAUCGAAUGAAGACUCUAGUGAAUCUGCUUUAGAGAUUAUUACGCCACAAGAAGAACUGCUGGCAAACCAAUCUUUGCAGAAAUUGAAAGCGUGUCUUUUGAAGAGCAAAACCUUUGAUCCUCGCAUGGAGGCACUGACAGCCCUCAUCAACUAUUGGGAGGUUGAUCUUGAAGUGGAAAUCAAUCCAUGGUUUCCACUAGAAGAUGCUGAUUCUGAACCUGCCAUUGAAGCUCGUACUGAACCUGCCGCUGAAACUUCAUCUGAACAUCGUACUGAACCUGCAGCUGAAAUUUCAUCUAAACCUCGCACUGAACCUGCCACUGGAACUUCAUCUGAACCUCGCCCUGAACCUGCCGCUGGAACUUCAUCUGAACCUCGUACUGAACCUGCCGCUAAAACUUCAUCUGAACCUCGCACUGAACCUGCCGCUAAAACUUCAUCUGAACCUCGCACUGAACCUGCCGCUAAAACUUCAUCUGAACCUCGCACUGAACCUGCCGCUGAAACUUCAUCUGAACCUCCUUCUGAUUUUGACUCUGAUCUCGAUUGUGAACUUGAUCCUGACUCUGAUCUAGAUAGUGAAUCUGAUCUCGAACCUGAAUCUGAUAAUAUCUCUAAAAUAGGCCAACAAUCAUGCAACAAAGUGUCUAUUAUCACUAAAUCAGGAAUUGUGUCUCAUUUUUCUGCCAACGACGAUGACGUAACUUUACCGACAAAAAUCACGACGAGGGGACGACCGACGGCCAAAAAACCAACAGCUAUUGGAACACCGAGACAAGAGGUGACAGUGCCAAAAAAUGCUAAAAAGCUUUCGUAUGAUUUAAUCCUAAAUGUUGUGACAAAAAAACGUAAAAUAGAAUCUGCGAGUUUUAAUGUAGAUGAUAAAACUGUCACGGAUGCGAUUAAGAAUACAGACGACGAUGUCAUUCAAGCAUUGGAAAAAUUUUGUGAACCAACGGCAUACAACGCU